ACUUCCGGUGUGCGCUGUGUGUGGAGAGGAGCCGAGUUCAGCAGGUCGGUGAGAUUGUGUAGGAUCCUCGUUGGAGGAACUACAACAUAAGACGGAGGAGACCAAGACCAUGGAGUCGCAGAGAAGUGACGGCCGUCUCCACACCGGCAGCUCUACAUCCACCUCGUGUUUCUCCGUGAUUGACAAGGAGGCCUCCUCACUCCAUGUUGAGGAACGCCGAUCAUCUCAUGAAGUCCCACCACCUGGCCGUUCUACGACCACCAAACAUCUAAAGGAGGAACCUCCGUCAGAUGAAGGACACAACCCCCCAGACCCCGGCCGCUCCGCCCUCCUGGAUCACGCAGAGAAUGUAUUGUCCUGUAUUAAGGAGGAACCCCAAUCAGAUGAAGGAGAAGACCCCCCCAACACUCAGAUUAAGAGGGAACCCUUCUCAGGUGACCCGACUCAUGUUCACCGUCCACCGAUAGAGAUAAAGGAGGAACCCCAAUCUGAUGGAGAAGAUCCCACCAACAUGGACAUCUCUCUACCCGCUGACCACACCCAAGGUCUACCCGUUGACCACACCCAAGGUCUACCAGUUGACCACACCCAAGGUCUACCCGUUGACCACACCCAAGGUCUACCAGUUGACCACACCCAGGGUCUACCCGUUGACCACACCCAAGGUCUACCCGUUGACCACACCCAGAUUCCGUCUGUUCGGAUUAAAGAGGAGGAAGAAGAUUUCCCUCCCGCCGGGAUUCGCAUCCUGAAAGGGAUCAUCACCGAUUCCGACAUUCACUCCUUCACUAUCACCGGAGAAUACAUCAGAGGAAGGAAGGUGAAGACCAAACCCAAGCAGGACAAAGUGGCCGCCGCCUCCUCCAAGCACCCCUGCCCCGUGUGUAAGAAAGGCUUCAGCACCCACGGCAACAUGGUGCGCCACCGGGAGUUCCACAACGGGAAGAAGAUGUGCUGCCCGGUGUGCGGAGCCGAGUUCUGCAGCAAGAUGGACCUCAAGGCCCACACUCAGACCCACAAAGUCAGCAAAGUCCUCCACUGCUCCCAGUGUGACGUCACCUUCCCCGGCAACGUCAACCCCAUCGUCCAGAAGAGGAUCCACACCGGGGUCAAGCUCCUGGCCUGCUCCCACUGCGGGAAACGCUUCUCCAGCAAGCCCAGCGCCACCGAGCACAUGAGCAAACUCUACCUGUGCCUGCUGUGCGGGAAACACGUCGCCCACAAGGCGCUGCUCCUCAGGCACGAGCGGGCGCACGCCGGGGGAGAUCCCGUCUGCUCCGACUGCAAUGUCUUCAAGAUGGCGGCUCCAACCAUCAGGCCGAAUGAAGAUGAACUCCCAUCCAGUGCUAUAAAGGAGGAACCCCAAUCAGGUGAAGGACACGCCCCCCCAACCACCGGCCAAGACCAUAGAGAGAAUGUAUUGUCCCGUAUUAAGGAGGAACCCCAAUCAGAUGAAGGAGAAGACCCCCCCAACACUCGGACAUCUCAGAUGAGGAGGGACCCACCUCCAGAAAUAAAGAAGGAACCCCAAUCUCCGGACAGAGAAGAUCCCACCCACGCGGAUCCCUCACAGAGUCCGAUUAAAGAGGAGGAUGAAGGUUCUCCUGCUGCUUCUGGGAUCGACAUCCUGAAAAGGACAAUCACCGACUCCGACAUCCGGUCCUUCACCGGAGAAAACAAGAAGAUCAAACUGGUGACCAAACCCACCGAGGUCAAAGGUCAGCCCUCGAAGAACGACCACCUCUGCCCCGUGUGUAAAAGGAACUUCAGUAGCCACGGCAACAUGGUGCGUCACCGGGAGUUCCACAACGGGAAGAAGCUGUGCUGCCCGGUGUGCGGAGCCGAGUUCUGCAGCAAGAUGGACCUCAAGGCCCACGUCCAGAUCCACAAAGUCAGCAAUGUUCUCUACUGCGCCGCGUGUAACGUCAUCUCGCCGACCACCCUGAGCGUCCUGGUCCAUGAGAAGAUCCACACCGGGGGGAAACCGUUCUGCUGCUCGCACUGCGGCAAACGCUUCGCCAGCCAAUCACAGGUCUCCCAACACAUGAGCCUACCAUAUUCCUGCAUCGUCUGCCAGAAGAUCUUCACCCACAAGGCGCUUCUCCUCCGCCACGAGCGGACGCACAUCGAUGGAAAGCCCGUCUGUUCCGACUGCAAUAUCUGGAACAUGGCGAUCCCGGCCGUAUUAUUCAACCCCUCGGUGCCCGCCCCCAAUAAAGAACAUGGCAUUCUAAAGUUUAUACAAACCCCGCCUACCUGCAGCACCAAUCACAGAGGGCCAUCUCGGGUUAAGGCGGAGCUUCUCUCGCCCAAUUCAUUGACUAAUAUAGUGGAGGAGGAGCCUGGUCCCGCCGGCUGUGUUCCCCCGAACCCGGACAUUAAGGAGGAACCCGCAGAGCCCCCCGUAGACCCCUCCCCCUCAUCAUCCACUCAGAAUAGCCGUUCUCAUAAAGAGGACCUGUCUCUCUAGCGAGAUCUCCAUCCGGCAGCUCCGCCCUCCUCAGAUCACAUGACAGUUUUACCCAAGUCUCACCCAGGCAGCUUCGUCCUCCAGGAUCGUUCCCAUCCGUCUUUCCAUAUCCAGGAGGAGCCCCGACCAGAGGAAGAUGUCUUCAAGGGUCUCCCGGGGUGACAUUGAGGAGACCCUCCUCCCUGUAUGACAUCAGAGAUGGGCGGAUAUUAAAGCAGAACUCUCCUUGGAUGAUGUGGAUGGUUCACCUGGCUUCUGGUGUGUCCUGUAGGAGCUACGCCGAUCGGUUAUAGCCAGCCAAACCCCAGAAGGUUCACUCCGGAGUGAAGCCGUUCACCUCACCUGGAAGGCUGAUUUAUUGGUCCACCAGCACCUUCAUAUGGGAGAGAAGCGUCAACGUCCUCAAGAGUGUGGGAAACUGUUCACCAGAAGAUCCAUUCCGAGGAGAAACUAUCCAACCAAAAGCUGACCACACUGGGGAGAAACUGACCACACCGGGGAGAAACUACCCAACCAGAAACUGACCACACCGGGGAGAAACUACCCAACCAGAAACUGACCACACCUGGGGAGAAACUACCCAACCAGAAACUGACCACACCUGGGGAGAAACUAUCCAACCAGAAACUGACCACACCUGGGGAGAAACUACCCAACCAGAAACUGACCACACCUGGGAGAAACUACCCAACCAGAAGCUGGUCCUUCACCAGAAGAUCCACUCCG